GUGAAGCGUUACUAAAUCAUUGAUGGAUAAGUAGAUAGUUUGAAUAGUCAAUUCAGUAGAGAUGGAUACUUUGGAUAAUAAUCUAAAGAAAGCUUCGCUUCUUUCGGACAAAGUCUUUGGAAUACAUGAUCUCCAGUCAUUGAACAGAAGAGAUUUGCCUGCUCCAAAAGACAAAUUUUAUAUAGCAACCAUACAAGCUUUUAUCAGCGGUGUUGUUAGUAUAAUACCAAUGACUUUUUUCCUUCAAGCUAAUGAUUACUGGAUGUACAAAUUCCGUGACACAUCAAAGCCAACGUAUGAUUCCAACGACAAAACAGAUUUACAGACCAUGUUUGCAUCUGUCAAUACCGUAGUAACUUCUGUGAUGAGUGUAAUAGCAGGCACAUGCACCGUAUUAUUUGCACACAGGGUAGAAAUGAGACUAAGGUUUUUGAUCAGCACUGGACUUAGCUUUGUGUUGUUUAUAAUUUUCACGAUCUUGGUCAAAGCGGAUACGGACUCUUGGCAGAACUUAUUUUUUGGUGUGGCUUUACUAGUGAUGGGACUUCUUGCAGCUAUUACCGCGUCUUUUGGGAUGAGCUCCAAUGGAUACUUUUCCCGAUUUCCCCCUUUUUAUAUGAUAGUUAAUCUGUUUGGUGGCGCAUGUGGUGGCUUAUUUGGUUCUUCCCUCCAGAUCAUCUGCCUAUCUGUAUCGGAUAACUCUAUCACAGUUGCGCUAAUAUAUUUUUCAUGUGGGACGUGCGUCAUUUUUUUGAGCGUUGUCUUAUCAUACGCAAUGAAAUAUUCUCCAGUGGUCCAAUUUUAUUAUUUUGAUGUAAAAGAAACGCAAGGUCGGAUGAAAUUUACACUUAAAGACUACGCCAUAGGACUCAAAAAGACUUGGGCAUUAUUGUUGAUGGUUGUAAUAACGUUUACAUCUAUGAGUCUCACCCAUCCUAACCUGACAAAUCUGGUUGUAUCGGAAUCGUAUACGGGAAAAGGAUUGAGCCCCUGGGGUGAUAAAUACUUCGUAGUUACCGGUACAUUUCUAUUCUACGACUUAUUUCAAGUAAUGGGACGAUUCAUCUCAAGACCAAGGAUCACGAAAGAAAAUAAAAUGUGGUACUUGCUAGUAGUGGCAAUUAGAGCUUUGGUACUAACCCCUCUAUUCAUAUUCUUUAAUGCCAGGCCUCGAACUUUGGCAGUUUGGUUUCCACACGACUAUCAGUAUAUGAUCACGAUGGCGGUAUUUAGCUUUUCAAUGGCUGUAAUGGUAGGCGAUAACAUUCUGAGCAUUCCUAAUUUUGCCGAAGACAAAACCGAAGCGGUUUACACGAUAAUGCCAGGGCUGAUGACUGUGUUUGCGGCUGUUUUAAGUCCUCUUAAUCCUUUUUAUAUAAAAAUUCUCAAGUCGUAAUAAAAAUAGAAGUUUAUUUAUAUUUAUUUAAGUUUAUAUUUAUAAUUUGAAUAAAAAAGUUUUAUAA